GGCAGGCAGCAGCUCAGGCAGCACGAGGCGGGAUUCUCGAGCACGAGACUCACGAGUCUGCGGCAACUGUAGAAAUCACUCUGUCAUACAGAGCCGAUGUAGAUUCUUUACUUAAGUGUGUGCCUGAGCCCAUGACGGGGUGGUGUGAGAUGGCAAUUAAUGGCCUCCAGUGAAGUUGAAGACUUGAGGAAUGGGGCAUCACGGCCAGCCCUCAUCGUUCAAGCCAAGUCUGCUGUAGUCCAUUCACCCAAUGUACGAGGGUCCUCCAACACUGAAAGAAAGAGAUCGCAAGCUGGCGAGGGUGAUUCAGUGUCUCAGCCUAAUGUGAGAGUGCUGUAUGAUCAGCCCUAUUGUGUCUCAGGGAUCCCCUCACAACGUGCCUAUCCACAUGUGCCCAUAGCCUCUACCACCUCUGCCGUAAGACUCAGCCAUGCACAGAGCCCAGGUGCUAAUUCUUUGAAUGGUGCUAGUGAUGGUUUAAAUACACACAGUGUUUUAUCUAAGAGCUUGUCACAUAUUAAUGCUGCUCCUGCUGCGUGCCAUAGCCUCAGUCAACAGGAGCCGACUACCUACAACUGUCAACCCCACUGGAACCUUGCUCCAUUUCGGCUAAAGACAGGACUGCUAGGAAAACGGGCUUUUUCGCCUCAGCUUUGUGUUUGCCCUGCCUGUCCUUCCCCACCCAAGUCCUCCUCCCAAAGGGCCUCGGUAGUAAUUGAGAAAACCAUGCCUACUAAUCAGUCUUUGCUUUGGACGAGCAACAAGCUCUGGGACAACAGCAAUGGAGUUGUGCGGCCCCCCAAUGCCAAAAUUCCUUCGUACUCCAAACAAGAGACCAGUGACUUGCACAGUACUGCCACUAGUAAAUCUGGCUCUCACUGCAAUGGAACCAUUUCCAGAGGCCUCAAAGCUGAUGCAAAAAAACUUACCCAACCAACUGUGCCUUUGAAAGACAUAUGCACAGAUGUGCUUAUGAAUAGCAAGGUGGCCAAGGAUUUCCUGCAGCUUGAGAAGAUAUUGGUGGAAAAUGGCAGAAGAAAUGAGCAUACCAUUGAAUGCUGUUUGGUUAAAGGUACCAGUGAAUCUGCUGUUCAAAAACUCGCCAGAAGCAAUGUACAUUCAAGACACAGGAUGCUAAAUGGUCUGAACAAGCAACCAGAAACCAACAUGAAACAUCUCUGCAAUUCAGAUGAUGAUAUAACCACAAAUAGUACUGUGCCCAUCUGCCUUACUUAUGAAGAUAAGGAACUGUGUUUUACACCCACUGAAACCAACAGUGCCCUCAGUGCCAUUCCAGAGGCAAAGGGCCACAAUAUGGCCUCUCCUCGGUCACCGUCUGUUUACACAGUGACAAACCAGAUAUCUGCCAUUCACCUCACAAAGGAAGAAUUCUCUCAUAUGGACACAGGACUUUGCCCCAUGGAACUUAAAGAAGAGCAGGAUGAUGCCGAUGUUCAGAGACAAGAAAUACUUAUAGAUGGUGAUGAGGAGGAGCUUCCAGAUAAGCUGGAGAAUAACUUCAGUGGUGAUGAUGACUCGGAUUGUGACAUCUCCUCGACAACAUCCAUGGCAGCCUCAUCAAAUGUCGAGGAUCCCAUGAGUCCUGAUGUGGAGGGGGAUCUGGUGGAGAGAUCCGCUCUUGUGCCCAGUCUCUUCCCCCACAUGCCCCCCACACUGUACUUCAGCACUGCCGAUGAAAGAGUGGAGUUGUUGCCUCCUGAACAGAGGAAGCUACUCAAAUGGAAGAUAACUACAGUCACUCCCAAUGUAGUGAAAAAUGCCAUCUCCAGAUCACACUUUAAAGCCACUAAAAAGAGUCAUGAUUGGCUGGGCUGCUGGGGUCACCAUAUGAAGUCACCAGGGUUCAAGGCCAUUAGAGAGUACCAGAAGCUGAACCACUUUCCAGGCUCCUUUCAGAUUGGGCGGAAGGACAGACUGUGGAGGAACCUGUCCAAGAUGCAGGCACACUAUGGCAAGAGAGAGUUUGGCUUCUUCCCACGCUCCUUCAUUCUACCACAGGAUAUCAAGCUUCUGAGGAAGGCCUGGGAGGAUGGAGGCAGCAAGCAGAAAUGGAUUGUCAAACCGCCUGCAUCUGCACGUGGAAUUGGCAUUCAGGUCAUUCACAAGUGGAGCCAAAUGCCACGCAAGAGACCACUCCUCGUGCAGAAAUAUCUUCACAAGCCCUACCUCAUCAGUGGGAAUAAGUUUGAUCUGCGUAUCUAUGUGUAUGUGACCUCUUACGACCCACUCCGUGUUUACAUCUUUAACGAUGGACUAGUCCGUUUUGCAAGCUGCAAGUACUCUCCUUCUAUGAAAACCCUCAGCAACAAGUUUAUGCACCUUACAAACUACAGUGUAAAUAAGAAGAACUCUGAGUAUCAGAGUAACAGUGAUGACAAAGCCUGUCAGGGCCAUAAAUGGGCUUUGAAGGCACUUUGGCAGUACCUGGGCUCUCAGGGAAUCAACACCUCUCUCAUAUGGGAUAAGAUCAAAGAUAUGGUCAUCAAGACCAUCAUUGCGUCUGACCCAUAUGUGAACACUUUGGUGAAGAUGCAUGUCCGUUCUCCCUACAGCUGUCAUGAGCUUUUUGGCUUUGACAUCAUGCUGGAUGAGAAUCUGAAGCCAUGGGUGCUGGAGGUGAACAUCUCACCCAGCCUGCAUUCUAACACACCGCUGGACGUCAGCAUUAAGGGUCAGAUGAUACGGGACCUGCUGAACCUCGCUGGCUUUGUGCUGCCAUUGACAGAAGACAUCACUCCAUCCAGUUCCAGUGCUAGCAGCUCGACCAGCAGUUUAUGUGGAAUUGCAAGAGAGAACUGGAGAUCGGAUAUUUCGACUGAUGAGAAAGUUAAGAGAGCCUUUUAUCUAAGCCAGCGCUUAGGUGACCAGGAUUUCUGUGCCACAGUUCUGGACGUGCUGACACCUGAUGAUGUGCAUGUCCUGGCAGAGAGUGAGGACGAGUUAAGUCGUAAAGGAGAUUUUGAGCGAGUUUUUCCCUCUCACGCUUCCUCCCGCUACCUCCGCUUCUUUGAGCAACCGCGAUACCUCAACAUUCUCCUCAACCAAUGGGAACAGAAAUACUGGCUCACCAGGAGCAAAGGUAUCAGUCUACUGAAGGAUUUGUGUGAGAGGAAGGUGCACCUGGGUAACCUCGCAGAUUCUGUUCAUCACUGGUCUUCCAAGUCUUACCGUGGUCACAGAUCUGACACCCACAGUUUAACAUCCUACAGAUGUCAGCUCACUAGAUCUGGAGUGAUAGUCACUCAGAGGUCUAAUGCUGAAGAUGACAACGACUCUGAUCAUGAGGUUCAGUCAGUCACUGCAAGUCUUCCAGACAUGAGCUUGCUAAGUACCAUUUGCCUAAGCCCCAGUCCCACCUCCAGCUCCAGUCUGGCCAGUGAGAGCCUGCGUCGCCAUGAUGACCUUCCAGCUUGACAGUUAAACACUGGACAUUCGUGGCUUCGAAACAAUGCACAAAGAUACGCACACACAUAUAUACACACAAAGUUGUGUAUAUGUCAUAUCUCAGCUGAAGCACCUAGCAGAUCUGUUAAUGUUGUAUAUUUGACUAGAUGAGUGUUAAAGGGAUAGUUCACCCAAAAAUGAAAAUUCUCUCAUUUAUUCACCCUCAUGUUGUUCCAACCCAUAGGACUUUUGUGUUCCAAAAAAAAAAAAAAAAAGGCUGUUGUUGGGCAGACUUUUAGCCUCAGUCACUAUUCACUUGCAUUGCAUCUUUUUUCCAUUCAGUAAAAAAGUGAAUGGUGCCUUAGGCUGUCACUUUCAUUUUCUCUCCAAAAGUCAUACAGGUUGGAACAACAUGAAAGUGAGUAAAUGAAGACAGUAUUUUCAUUUUUGGGUGAACUGUUCCUUGCUGAUAUUCUUUAAAAGUACUUUUAUUUCUGGACCGGAAGUAUAGAGUAUUCAUACCUGCAAGUUUUGCCUUCAUUGGAGCAGUGGGUGGCAGAGCUCUUCCUGUUUGGGACUUUGAUAUUGUGUUUCCAUAUGAGCCUAUAGCAUACUUCUGCUUUGUUUACAUCAAAGGUUAGUUCACACAUUUGGGGUGGUACAGGCCUCUGUUUUGCUGGUUGUAUUUAAACGUGUGGAAUGAAACUGUGAAGUUUGGAAAAGAGAUACCAUUCUAAAAAAAAAAAAAUGCUGUCAAGCCUAUUAUUGACAUUUGAAUUCCUUGUUGAAGAGACGUAACAUGCUCAGGUUGAAGUUUUUAAAUUAAAAUUGCUAUUUGAAAUAUGACAUUAGUUUUGUUUCUUUUUUUAAACCUCCAUUUCCUUAAAAGCUGAAUCUAUGGGAUGAAUAUUAUGAGUGUUCCUGUGGAGCAGGAUGUGCCUACAAUAUCACUUGUGCCUGUGGUUAUUUUGAGGAUAUUGCAAAUGUUUGACCAAAGUACUUGGCUGUCUGGUAUUUCAAUGGCAUGGAUAGGUUAUAGAAAUAGUUUUGCAUACAGGCAGUGUGUAUUUUGUCACCACUGAACACUGAAAAUGCAUGUUUAGUCUACUAAUGUAAUCAGUGACUUUACCUCCACUUACACAAUGUGUUAAGUGACCAGAUCCAGCCUUGGAAAGAGAUUGAAAUUGUGAACACACAUGCAUCCAAAGGCACAUAAUCAUCCAGUCACAAGAGGCAAAAAUAGUGUGCAAAUAAGUCUUGAAAAGUUUAUUACUGAUGGCGUUGGAUAUCUGUACAAGAAGAAUGAUUAGAUGCUGGAUCUAACAUUGGUGUGACCACUGUUAAACACCCAAUGCAGUAACAGUUGUUUUUAAUGUAAACAUUAAAGAUAUGCAUUUCUGUUGACAA